AUGCCAAAGUUGUUCCGACCAAAGUUGACUCACGUCACAGCCAAAACAACAAGUCAACCAACUGAGGUAAAAGUCCCCAAUGCAGAAAGUGGCACACACAGUACAUCUACGGAUAAAUCGGAUGGUAUCCCCGAAAAAAAUUGCGAUCCGAUCCCCCUUGUUCCUCAGGACUACGUAUCAGAGGCAACUCCUGCACCAACUCCGGUUCCGACAAGUGUAAAACCGGUUGAAUCGUCUGUCGGGGUUGUUUCAAAAUCUCCUCGGCGUACAACAAUUGUUUCACCUAAGAGCUCUUUUGAUCCUUCCACUGUGGAUAUUGAUCAACCCACCGUUACCAAACAGAAGCGGAAGUCACGGACUGAGAAACCACCAGACCGACCUGUGGUGGAAUUAUUCAAACCGAAAAAGCCUCGUGUGUCCACUCCAAAACAGUCAUUGGAAGAUGCUCCACGCCCAGAUGAGCCACUGGAUCGUACAACUGUAUCGUUACGUUCAUUACUUCAUUGGGUCCCGACGAAUAAACCGCCACCGUCGUAA